UUUUAUUUUUUUUAUUUACUGCAGGUUUUAUCCAGCAUAAGGAUGGAAGCAGUCGUCCGAUUACAAGGCGUCAGUUCUGAAUCAAAUUCCGUUGACAUUCGACACUUUUUCUCUGGCUUGGCUAUUCCUAAACGAGGUGUUUAUAUAAUUGGUGGACCUCUUGGUGAAGCUUUUGUUAAAUUUGCAACAAAUGAAGAUGCUUUAUAUGCCAUGAAACUAACAGGUCAUCCAUUAAAAAAUUCUUUUGUUUACCUUACAUUAAGCAGCAUUGUUGAACUGCAAAAUGCUUGUGAAAAAGUACGAAAAAUUGCAGAGGAAUCUCGUAAUGUUAUGCCACGUUCCAUUUCCAAUACUGUAGUUGACUGUAAUGGAGUUCAAGGAUACAAAAUAUCUGAAAAUCAAGUAUCGAGUUCUGAGGGAUACAACGGUGAUAGAUAUUUAUACUUACAAGGGAUAACGAAAUUCACAAAAAGACCACAAAUAGAAAAAUUUUUUUUUGGACUACUUAUAGAUGAUGUGAUCAUCUUCGAUCCUCCAACUGGAGCUUUAAGAGGCAACGCUAUAGUUAAAUUUGCUUAUAGUACAGAUGCUAGGGAAGGUCUUAAACUUGACCAAAAGAGACUGAGUCUUUAUCGUGUAACGGUCACAAAAGCUGAUAAAAAAGAGUGGACAGAAGCUUGUCAAAAGUACCGACCAGUAAAGAAUCGACGACGGUCACGGUCGAGAUCACCAGUUAGCCAAGAGUGUUAUGUAUAUGUAACAAAUCUGCCUCACAAAAUUAAUAAAAGCUCUAUUGCAAGAUUUUUGAAUAUACCACAAAUGAAAGAUUCUCAGCUUUCAUUCCUAUUAAAUGAGUUUAAAGAAAGGACAAGAGAAUGCUUUGUGCUGCUUAACAGUACACGGGAGAAAGAAAAGGUUCUUCGCUUCCAUAAAACCACAUUUGUUGAUCGCAUGGUACGUGUAUAUGCUGUUUCUAAAAAGUAUAUUUUAGAUAAGCUUAGCAAUAAUGAUAAAGUAUUUUUGGAAAAUGAUUUACCAGGCAUUAAGUUUGAAAAAUUACAGACUGUAAAAAGUAAGUGGGUUUAUUUAAGAAAUUUUCCAUCUGACAUUAAAAAGCUUGACAUAAAAAAUUUCUUUUCCACAUUUUCUUUAAAUGAAAAUGAUAUUUUUUUAUUAUAUGAUGAGGAUGGAGUUGGUUUAGGAGAAGCUCUAGUAAAAUUCUCAUCUGAAGAUGAGGCAGCCAGUGCAGCAAACCGGAAUCGUCAACUUUUCCAAGAAACAGAAAUCUUACUGAGAUGUGUUUCAGAACAACAGGUGAAAGUUUUUGGAAUUGCUCAAGAAGAGUGUAUGCCAGAAAAUUCAGAGACACUUUCUACACCUUUAGGUUCAGCCCCUAAUGAUAUACCUGGCAUGAAAAAUGAUUCCACUGAAAGUCCAUCUGUUUUAUGCUCUGCAGUUUCUCAGCUGGAUAAUGGUACACAUUCUCCUCAAGGUAUUGGAGUAUUAAACAAAAGUUUUGAAGAAAAAAAAGGUCCUGUAACAAUGAUACAUAUUGGAAAUUUGCCUUUCAAUUUCACUGUUGGUCAGAUUUUAGAGCUAUUCCAUGGGUACAAAGUGAGCUCUGUACACCGUGUUGAAAAUGGAAGUGCCACUAUAAGCAUGAAAACCUUUGAAGAAGCUGUAUCUGCAUAUAAAAAACUAAGUGACACUCGAAUUGGACAGAAGACCAUUGUGCUGAGUUUAAUUUGGUGACUUUAUUUUCUCUCUGCUCCAUCAUGAUUAUUAUAAGAGAUUUUCACUGUAUUGUGAACUUAUUCAUUUUGCUUAGGGUUUCUCCUUCUUUAUAGGACUAUUUUAUUUGUAUAUUGUGCAACGUAUUAAUAAUAAAAAAUAAAAAAAACCUGCA